UGAUGCCAGAAAGCAAGAGAGAGGAACUGGGGUUUGCGAACCUUGUGGCUUUGUCUGUUUCCUGUUUCAGCAAGGCUGUUGCACAAUAAGAAAGACGGUACCAAGAAGGGACGCAUUAAUGGGACCCAGACCUAUGGAUUGAAAGUACGUGCUUUACCCAUCUGCUGUCUUGCUCCAUCUGAGACCAGAGCCAAGAUCUGCCUGCCCAGGAACUGGAAUGCUUUCCUGAGUGGCUUGAGUUGGAGCCGGGGACUCGGAGGUAACUGAGAAGGAAGAUGCUUUUGUGUCUAGGUUUGGGAACUCCGACUUGGGGGUGGGGCAGAAGACACUCUACCAUCCCAGCUCCCCUGAGUGAAGAGACUGUGGGUGGCAUAGUUUAAGGGUGUCGGGGAGUUGGGUAACCAAGAAAGCAUCCUGUGUUGGUUUCCUGUCGCGUUAGCCAUGGCACAGGGUACAGCUUCCACCAUUCCUCUGUUCCAGCAGAUUAGAUUGGAUUGGAUUGGAUUGGAUUGGAUUGGAUUAGAUUAGAAGUCAGAUGACUUAGACUUCAGGCUACCCAGUGAUAUGGGCAUGAAUUAAAUGACCUUUUACAGUUUCCUUCAAAGCCGGGAUCCCUGAACAGAAGGCUGCCUUCCCAGCAGCUUAGGUGCAGGCCCCUCUCCCCUCAGUUCACACUGAGAGCUCUGGGCUAAGAAGGCCAACCCAUGCAGGAAGCCAUUCACUGUCUCUGUUGCACACAUGGCCAGGAAGUAGAAGCAGAGACUCUGAAAGGCAUGACAAGCCACAGUCAGGUGAGAAGCCAUGCCCUGUUCUCUCUCUGCAGCCUGAGAAAUCAGGCUGAGCCUCCCCAGCCAGGAGCCCUUCUUCCUCCAAGCUCCAAGUGAACCCAGUCAUGCUACCAGGAGGGAACCUCAGAGAUGCCAGAAAGCCUGGGCAGUGGCCCAGUGAUCUUUCUUUGAACCCUACAGGGACCAGUUCCCUUUUCUUCAGCAGCCUAUCCCUGUCAGCCAUCCCACAUGCCUUCUUGUUUUUAAGCAAGUCAGUAGGGUCCAGACAUCCCGGAAACCUGGGUAGGGUUCUAUGCAGCAUACCACACCACGUCCUCGCAGGUGUGGUAGCCCAGGCCUCUGGGAACACUCUCCUCUCUAAGGAGCCAUUUCCACUGCAGCUCCUUUCUUGGAUCCAGGCAUCUAUUCCAGGAACUGGAAGCCAAGUGCAACAGGUGCUCGGAGGUCAUCAUGAUCAGCCCGGACCCCAGGCCCUCCCCUGGCUUGGCCCGGUGGGCUGAGAGCUAUGAGGCCAAGUGUGAGCGCCGGCAAGAGACCCGUGAAAGCCGCCGCUGUCGUCCCAACGUGACCACUUGCCGCCAGGUGGGGAAGACGCUGAGGAUCCAGCAGAGAGAGCAGCUCCAGAGAGCUCGAUUGCAGCAGUUCUUCAGGAGGAGGAACCUGGAGUUAGAGGAGAAGGGCAAGGCACGGCGUCCCCAGGCCAGGGAGCAAGGGCCCUCCAGGCGGCCAGGCCAGGCGACUGUCCUCAAGGAGCCCUUGUCUUGUGCCAGCAAGAUCUCCUCUUCCAGACAGCAGGUGGCAGGGACCAGCUCUGAGGUCUUUCCAGCCCAGCAUCCUUCUUCCUCAGGCAUCCACAGGGAUCUGACUGACCACCUCUCCUCACAGGCUGGGGGCCUUCCUCCACAGGACCCUCCCAUCAAGAAGCCACCCAAACAUCACCGUGGUACUCAGACAAAGGCAGAAGGACCAACAAUUAAGAACGAUGCCAGUCAGCAAACCAAUUAUGGAGUUGCAGUUCUGGAUAAGGAAAUCAUCCAGCUUUCUGAUUACCUCAAAGAGGCCCUACAAAGGGAGCUGGUCCUAAAACAGAAAAUGGUGAUUCUCCAAGACCUACUGUCCACUCUGAUUCAGGCCUCUGACAGCUCUUGGAAGGGACAGCUUAAUGAAGACAAACUAAAGGGGAAACUGAGAUCCUUAGAAAACCAGCUGUACACGUGUACCCAGAAAUACUCCCCUUGGGGAAUGAAAAAAGUGCUACUGGAGAUGGAAGACCAGAAAAACAGCUAUGAGCAGAAGGCCAAGGAGUCACUGCAGAAAGUGCUAGAGGAAAAAAUGAAUGUAGAGCAGCAACUACAGAGCACACAGCGAUCCCUUGCCCUGGCAGAGCAGAAGUGUGAACAGUGGAGGAGCCAGUAUGAGGCUCUGAAGGAGGACUGGAGGACCCUAGGGACCCAGCACAGAGAGCUGGAGAGCCAACUCCACGUGCUUCAGUCCAAACUGCAGGGAGCUGAUAGCAGGGACUUACAGAUGAACCAGGCCCUUCGAUUUUUGGAGAAUGAACACCAGGAACUGCAGGCCAAGAUUGAAUGCCUACAAGGGGACAGAGAGCUGUGCAGCUUGGAUACCCAGGACCUACAAGAUCAACUAAAAAGGUCGGAGGCGGAGAAACUCACCCUGGUGACCAGAGUACAGCAGUUACAGAGUCUACUUCAGAAUCAAUCCUUACAGCUUCAAGAACAGGAGAAACUCUUAACAAAGAAAGAUCAGGCUCUGCCCGAGUGGAGUCCAAAGUCCUUCCAUAACGAAGUGGAGCCUGAGGGUAAAGGAAAGGAGAAAGACUGGGAUCUGAGAGACCAGCUGCAAAAGAAGACUUUGCAGCUCCAGGCCAAGGAAAAGGAGUGCAGAGAACUGCAUUCGGAGCUAGACAACCUCAGUGACGAGUACCUCUCCUGCCUGCAUAAGCUGCAGCACUGUCGAGAAGAGCUGAACCAGAGCCAGCAGCCACCUCCCAGAAGGCAGUGUGGGCGAUGGCUCCCAAUGUUGAUGGUGGUGAUUGCUGUAGCGCUGGCAGUGUUCCUGGCCAAUAAAGACAACCUGAUGAUCUGA